AUGGCACCACAGGCUACAAAUUCAGCACCUAUCGUGGUCAUAGGUGCUGGAGUGAUUGGACUGACAACGGCCUUGUCGCUGUGCCGAGCUGGCUACACCAAUGUCAAGGUUAUCGCCAAGCACAUGCCUGCAGACUUUGAGACUGAGUACACCAGCAAGUGGGCGGGGGCAGAUUGGGUCCCGUUUUCGUCUCGUGGGACAAGAGAGAUGCGCUGGGAUCUGGAGAGCUGGAAUGAGUUGAGCAAGCUCGCGAGAACCACUCCUGGCGCUGGAGUACAUUUUCAAGGCAAGACGAAAUACUACCGGAAUAAAGACCUUCAAGCGACGGAGCUAGACCUCUGGUUCAAGGAUGUGGUUCAUGAUUACAAACUGCUGGCCAAAAACGAGGUCCCAGCCUGGGCCGACUGGGCCACCUUUUAUCGGACCCUUACAAUUGACCCAAGCAUAUACCUGCACUGGCUCCAAUCCACAUGUAUCGAAUUGGGCGUCCAGUUCAAACGGGCAUCACUCGCGCAUAUCCGGGAAGCCUUUUCAAUGGUCUCCCCCGAACCGGCUCUUGUAGUAAACUGCACAAGCCUACAAGCAUCCAAACUUGGAGGGGUUGAAGACAAGUGGUUGAAGCCAAUGCUCGGGCAGCUGGUCAUCGUGGAGAAUGAUGUUGACGGCAUCUACGGGCUUUCUGGAGACGACGACAUGGACGCCUCGCUGGGGGAAUGCUGCUAUGUCAUACCUCGCCCUGGCGGGGGCGGAACCGCGAUUGGCGGUUGUAGUUAUGCUUCCUCUUCAAAAGAUCCCGACAUGAGACUGGCUGAGAGAAUGAUGAAGAGAGCCGUUUCUAUUGCGCCUGGCCUGGUGCCGAAAGGUGCCGGGAUUGAGGCUCUCCGUGUUAUCCGGCAUCAAGUCGGUUGGAGACCACACCGCGAAAAUGGCCCAAGGGUCGAACAAGAAACCAUUUCGGACCACCAGUUUGGCCAAUUGCAUGUGGUGCAUGCAUAUGGACUUGGUGGUUUUGGCUUCCAGUCGAGUUACGGUGUUGCGGCCGAGGUAGUUGAUCUUGUGGGAUCAUGCUUGAGCGCACGAGAAGAUGGAUCAUCCAGACAAAUAUGA